AUGGAGGUUCAGGGCAAGUUGAUCUUUUACGACAUUCACGCUGGUUGCAGGCUGUAUGAGCGUAUGGCCGUGGAGGGGGGCGACAUGCUUCGUGAGGCAUCUAGAGCAUUUGCCGCCAAGAAAGCGGACGACAAUCAGCUUUUGAACUCCGCAGUAAGGUCCAUUUUUCAUGGUGUACGUCAGAAAAGGGCGCUGGAGCUCGUUAAAAAGUUAUUUAUCCAGAAGGAGGUAACAAUCAUGAAUGAGACAAGCCUUUUGAACUAUUUUGGGAAAUCUUACCUUUCAGCGGCACAAUUCCUAAAUUCACCGCGGUCUGUGUCAAACUAUGUCCGGGUUUUGCUUUCUUAUUCUUUGAAUGAGAUAGCGGGAGAGGAUUUUCAUCGCAAACCUACUGAAUGGCUGUCGACUCUGUUACAACACGUAUAUCAUUCUCAGACAUUUAGGCAUCUGCAAUGCAAGUCUGACAAUUUGUUAUUAAGGGAUAUGAACCUUAUUUUCGAUUAUAAAUAUGAUUAUUUUUUGCCGAGGAUUCAGGAAUGCUUCGACAAUCUCGACGCUGCUCAUCACGCUCAUUACGGCCAUGACAACGCUACGCUUUCCGCGGAAUACGCCAAUAAUCAAUCCCGGGAGUUCAUACGUAGUAACGCGAUCGAAGUUUUUGCGUGUGUAUACUUGCGGUUACAUCUUGUAUACAUUGGCGAGGAGCAAUCUCGUCGGUGCAUGUUGGUCAAUAUCGCAGAAAGAGACACGUACCGUUUGGAUGGCGAAUCUCUUUCACUCUCUCCGUCAGGGCCGACCACAUAUAAUCGCAUUCAUGCAUCAAGCGAUGCAGCACCUGAGAACGCAGUUUCGCAUCCUUUGGAUUUCUCCGGCAUGUUUUGCAAUACGAAACCGGUGCAAGAGGGGGUGAGACCCACGGGUUGCUUCCUUGAUAGGGUAGUCGAGAAGACGAUGAAUUUUUUUACUCACCCUGGCAGAACUUGUGCGGAUCCGGAGGUUCCACAAGACAACACACUGCCCAUACGCGUGCAGUAUGACCAAGACAGCGGAGAUGCAAGCGUGCAUAUCCCCCUUGGCAAAUUGGGCGGUAUGGAGCCGGUAAACUAUCGGACAGUGCUCAAGAAGAAGGGUGAGAGGGUCAUGGAGAUCGCGGUCUCCAACAACGGCACCCUGCCACUCUUAGACAUACAGCUUUAA